CAGUGUUUCUUGAUUGUUGUUAAUGUUAUCAUGUUCUCUAGAGUAAUUCUGGAUGGUACAAUGAUCAAAAAAUCUCAGCAAAAGAAAAGAACAUCACCAUGCAACUACAAGGAGAGAUUUUUUGUGUUGGACUCACAGGAAUUGAAGUAUUCUGAGCGUCGUCCUGGAAGAAAGCCUAUACUAAAAGGUUGCAUCAAGUUAUGCAGCAUUAAGUGUGUGGAUAUGGUCUUUACCGAUCUCCCCAUUCCAUGUGACUACAAGUAUCCCUUCCAGGUUUUUCAUAGCAACCAUUUCCUCUACAUUUUUGCCCCAGACAAUGAUUGUCGUCUGAGGUGGGUGCACGCUCUUAAAGAAGAGACGAAGAAUAACAAUUUGGUUGAAAAAUACCACCCACAAUUUUGGAUGGCUGGAAAAUGGAGAUGUUGCGAGCAGUCAGAGAAACUCGCAAUGGGCUGUCAUGUGUAUGAUCCAGUGGGUUACGGUUCUAAAAAACCACUACCUGAGAUCCCAAACUCAGAGAGAGCAUUGCAUGACACAGUGCAUAGGAUGGUUGUUGCAAUGCAGAACUACACCCCAUUUGGAGACAGAGAGUUGGCACUUCAGAAAGACAAGGAGUACAUCUUGACAGACAGUUCCCACCCUGACUGGUGGAGUGUUCGAGAUGAAAGGGGGAACAAUGGGUUCGUUCCUAGAACACACGUAGCUGAAAAAUCAGGAAACGACUUUGAGAGAUUUGAAUGGUAUAACAAGAAAAUUUCCAGGGGGGAAGCAGAAGAUGUGUUGAUCAAAGAGGGAAAAGAGGGUGCAUUCAUGGUUCGAAACUCAAGACAGACAGGCGUCUACACAGUCUCAGUCUUCACCAAAGCACUGGGACCUAAUGGGGAGAAACCACCAUGUGUGAAACAUUACCAAAUUAGGCGGACAGAAACAGAGGAAUCUUCUUUUUACUUGGCAGAGAAGUAUCUGUUCCGCACCAUUCCUGAGCUGAUCCAUUACCACCAACACAAUGCUGCAGGUCUAAUAACACGUCUCAGACACCCUGUCACUCAAACAGGCAGCUGCUCCCAGGAAAUCGCUGGCCCAUCCAAAGAUGAGUGGGAGGUGGACCCCGGAGAACUUACCUUUGGUCAAGAGUUAGGCAGUGGACAGUUUGGGAAGGUGCUGUGGGGGCUAUGGAAGGAGAAGAAGGUGGCACUGAAGAUAAUAAGAGAAGAGUGCAUGUCUGAUGAAGAAUUUAAAGAAGAAGCAAGAGUUAUGAUGAGACUAUACCACUCGAAGCUAGUUCAGCUCUAUGGUGUAUGCACCCAGCAUUCUCCGAUGUGUUUGGUGUUGGAGUUCAUGGAGAAUGGCUGUCUAUCAGACUACCUGCGAGCCAAAAAAGGAUGUUUAUCCCAGAGCACAAUGUUAGGGAUGUGUCUAGAUGUCACUGAAGGGAUGGCCUACUUGGAGACGUCUAACUUCAUCCACAGAGAUCUGGCUGCCAGGAACUGCUUAGUUUCAAAGAGUAAUGUGGUUAAAUUGUCUGAUUUUGGCAUGACCAGAUAUGUUCUUGAUGACCAGUACACAAGUUCCUUGUGCUCCAAGUUUCCUGUCAAGUGGUCGGCACCAGAGGUUAUCAAAUACUGCAAGUUCAGCAGCAAAUCUGAUGUCUGGUCCUUUGGUGUUCUCAUGUGGGAAGUCUACACAGAGGGCCGACUUCCUUAUGAGAACCAAUCUAAUGCUCAGGUGGUAGAGUCCCUGAACGCUGGCAUGAGGCUGCUCAAGCCACGAUUGGUACCAGCGGCUGUAUAUCUGUUUAUGGAAUGGUGCUGGAAGGAGAAACCAGUGGAUCGUCCAUCCUUCGCAUUGUUGUUGCAGGAGCUUUCCUCACUUUCAGACUGUUGAACCACAAGAUAGGCGGUGGAUGAUAAACAUUAAACAAAUCUGUAUUUAUUCUAUUUAUUUGUUUUUUAUCAUUGGCUAAAAUUUGACGUGUUUCUAUACAUUGUACUUUAAGUUUGUUUCGCACACAUGCCGUAGCCGCCUACUGAGGUUUGCACUUUAACUGUUUCAUUGUCCUGAAUGCAGUCACAUACACUCUAUUUGCAUACUGUAACUACUAUUGUGCACUUAAGUUAACAAUAAAUGGUGUGUUUUCAAUUAA